AUGCCGUCGAGGAACUCCUUCCUGCUGAACUCACACUGCGUGGCGGCACGGAACUUCCAGGCCACCACCAGAACACUCCUACUGGCCGGGUCCAGGGUGAGGUCAUCACAGAACUGCUGGAUCCCGUCGAUACCGAUCUUAUUCUCAUCCUGGGGGUCUGGAGAGGAACACAACAACAAUAAUUAAAUAGGACUACAACUCAGAGCUGAUACAUUACACUGAUACAAUACACACACUUCAUUAAAUGUUUCCUUCAUUCUUCAUAUACACCCACCAGCCACCCAUGGAGCACAGUACACACCUAAUCCUAACACACACACACCUCUCCACCUCCCCUCCCCUCUUCCUCUCACCACUACACCCCCUCUCCUCCUCUCCCAUCCCUUCUCCCCACUACAACCCCUCUCCUCCCUCCCAUCCCCUUUUCCCCACUACACCCCCUCUCCCCUCCCCUCUUCCUCUCACCACUACACCCCAUCUCCUCCUCUCACCCACCCCUCCUCACAUAACCCUCUCCUCUCUCCCUCCCCUCUCCUCCUCUCACCACUACACCCCCUCCCACCACCCCUCUCCUCUCACCACUACAACCCCCUCUCCUCCUCUCACACACACGCACCACCCCCCUCUCCUCCUCUCACCACUACACCCCCCUCUCCUCUCCUCUCACCACUACACACCCCCCUCUCCAUCCUCCCCUCUCCCCCUCACCCUACCAACACCCCCCUCUCCUCCUCUCACCACUACACCCCCCCCCCUACCACCCCUCCCUCCUCUCCCUCCCACACCCCCCUCUCCCAUCCCCUCUCCUCUCACCACUACACCCCCUCUCCUCCUCUCACCACUACAACCCCCUCUCCCAUCCCCUCUCCCACCCUACCAACACCCUCCUCCCCCUCCUCACCCAUCCCCUCCCCCUCUCACCACUACACACAAACCCCCCCUCUCCUCCCUCUCACCCACUACCCCCCCUCUCCUCCUCUCACCACUACACCCCUCUCCCUCCCCUCACCACUCAACCCCUACCCCCCUCUCACCCCUCCCCCUCACCACUACAACACCCCCUCUCCUCCUCUCACCACUAACCCACCCCCUCCCCUCCCAUCCCCCUCUCCCCCCUCACCACUACACCCCCGUCCUCCUCCUCUCACCACUACACUACCCCCCCCCUCCUCUCCUCCCCUCUCACCACUACAACCCUCCCCUCCCUCCUCCUCUCCCAUCACCCUCCCCCCUCUCACCACUACAACCCUCCCUCUCCCCUCCUCCCCACAACACCCUCCCUCUCCCCACUACACCCUCCCUCUCCCCUCUCACCACUACACCCUCCCUCUCCCCUCUCAACCACUACACCCUCCCUCCCCCUCUACACCACUACACCCCCUCUCCCCCUCCCCUCUACACCCUCCCUCUCCCCCUCUACACCCUCCCUCUCCCCUCUCACCACUACACCCUCCCUCUCCCCUCUCACCACUACACCCUCCCUCUCCCCUCCCCUCUUCCUCUUACCUUUGUAUCGGUUGUAGAGCUGUUCUAGCUUCUUGCGGUCCACAGAGGUUUUCAUGGAUUCUUUAUAGUAGAGGUCGGGGUUCUGGAAGUAGUUGUCUGUGGCCACCUCUAGUUUCCAGUCAUUCUGGGUCAGGCAGUACACAGCUGUCCUCUCCCCAGACUGAGUAAAGGUCAUGAACUGACGAACCUUGUCCUUUUGAGACGACUUCAGCUUAUGCUGCCAGAGAGGAGACAGACCCAGUUGAGAUAGACAGGUUCACACACGCACACAUAUAUACAGCCACUACAAAGACAGGCAGGUUAUCCAUCACCUCUGACCUCUGACAGACUGCUCUUCAGAUCACCUGCUAAGGCCAUCGGGUCAGGUGCACCAGAAACAUGACAGAUAUAUUCCCCACUACCUAGUCUACAGUCGGUAACUAUCUGUUGGAGAACAGUUCCAUUUCUCUCCGAUUUGUAUUUCUCUCUACAGAACAGCAUCCUUAGACAGAGAGGGUUGUUGGAGUCCUGCCAGUCAAUGGCAGCACUGGUGUUCUGUUCAACCCAUCCUUUUGACUGUAAACUUUACUUUCUUCACAGCAUGCACUCCCCAAAACAUUGUACAUCUAUAUAGAAUCAUAUGGCAUUGAUGGGAGCCUGAGGGAUAAUCCGUUAGAAACGGGAAAUACAUCUGUGUUGGGAAAUACAUCUUGAUGUAAACAUUCCGCAAUGAUCUAAACGGUCGUCGGGACAGAUAACGGAACGGGAUCAAUAACACACACUGGCAACAGUCAUUACAUCACUCAUCACCGUGAGCAACGCACCGUGUGAAAAAACAACAAACGUUUUGCUCCUGUAAACAACGGGAGGGUUGGCACACAACCACGGAGCCCCUUCGAAUCUGAACAGUGGCUAGGUCGGUGCAGUGCGAGAUGGCUAUAAUCGUGAGAAGAGAACUGCCCGUCUUGCAGAUCUGACCCCAUCUUCUCGCUCAGGACCCGCCCGAUGGUAGCGGGCAUUGGCAGCGCCCUCUCCCGCGACCCAGUUCCCAAGCCAGCGCGCACGGACAGCCCCUCUCUGUUCCAACGCAUAGGCGACAUACCAACCAGGGGAAAAGGUACGUGCCGCAAGUGCGGUUGUCCGCUCUCACAAUAACAACAACUGACCUUCCAUUUCCCACAUAAAUUGCAACAGUGAACGACACAUUGGCAAUGCGACACUGCCAGAGGACACCCGUUUCCCGUUAUAGAGAGCCUUCAUAGCGAGCCCCCCAAAACAUUUCCAGCUAUACACUUUGUCCCAUGGGUUUAUUCACAAGUUUAGGUUUAUCAUUUUGAUCUUACCUACCAUUUUAUCACCCUCUGUUUGGCCAACUUGAUAUCCCAAUGCCCCUUGUACGCCUGCGCGGGAGGACAGCGCUACCGCACGGGAAAGUUUGAGGGUCUACACUGGGACUUGUAGUUCUUGGGAUAAUCAGUGCUCGUGGUGAAGUUGUGGCCUUGUUUAGUGCACUUCUGAACCAAAUAACACUGUACAUGUAUAAUGAUGACAUUGUAUGCAUAAUAAACAUUUGCAUAAAAUGUUAAUUUAAAAUAAUGUGAUUCAUUGCAGGUAAAAAUGUACUUGCACAAUGCUGUUGACUAGCUGUGAUGAGUUUAUGUUCAUGGUCUUUGGAGCUAGUCCAGCAGCUAAAUAGAGCAGUCAAACAACUUUCCAACUGUCGAGCUUUUUCCAAGAAGGGCAGUUACUUGUGAAAAACGGCACUUGAUACAACUACAUAUCCCAGAUAUCUGCGCAGAUAUCCAACCAAUCGUUGUGAUUUGUUUCGGAAGUUAAGUGAAAAAUAACUACAAUUUAACAUUUUAUUACGCUAUCACAAAUCUAAUUCACCACAAACAACUUGAUUAAAAUGUUGCAGAUUUGUUACGAGAAAUUUGACUUCAAAUUCUCAUAUUUUGAGGAGCUUUCUGUCAAUGUUCAAGAAGUUUGAAAAGUUCGGAGCCGUACUAACCUAACGUUAGUUAGUUAACAUUAGCCAACAAGCUAACCUAGUAGGCGCAAGCUGGUUUGACAGCUUUCAACAUUCAUAGCUAACCUUGCUAAAACAUCGGGCACGCAAAUGCCAUUUAUAAAGAGCAAUAGCGCAAUAUUGAACAAUACAUUUGACUCAAAUGCCUACCUGACAGACGUAGCUAGGCCGUUUGUUGCAGUCAACCGUAGGGGUCUUAGAAAUGCAUUAAGUUUGUCGCCCUGUGUGUAGUUGAAUGCCUGCUCUAGGGCUCAACGUUGGCUAGAGCUAUGUGGCGAUUGGGGAGGGGUGGCAUUACAAGAGCACGAUUGUUUUCGCUCAUUUACUGUGGAGUUCAGGUCUGAGAGAGGACGACGUAGCACACUAGCUAGUAGGUAGCUAUCUAACAUUUUACCUAUUUUAUUUUCCACGAAUUUAAGCAUAAAAUAGAUGGCAUACCUGCUGAAUAUGCAAAUCAACAUUUAAGUCCAUGAUCAGAUCACUGUCAGCUGUAAUUACAACCUUUUUUUCUCUCCACUGAAUGAAUGAUCUCUGUACAUCAUAUGAAUAUGUAAUGUUACCGCACAGCUAAUGCAAAAUACUUGUUGGCAAUUUUGGUGUUGUUACAGAUGGUUUUCAUUGUAUUCUGUAACUAUAGCUUGUGUGUGUACACCCUUAUGAACAGUGGUCUCAUUGAUCAACACAGGUCAGCAGUAGGAGUAGAGUAGCUGAUUUAACCCUGAACUGCCCAUGAGGAGGGACGUAGGAGGGGUCUGGAAUAUAAACAUAACUAACCCUGACCCAUGUACACAAAGGUACUGUGCUGCUAGUAUAAAGUAUACACUUUGAUUUCUCUUUACAAUCCAAGCCAUAGGUAAACAAUUUCUGCAGUCUUUGGCCUACAUUUUAUUUUUGACUCAGUGUGACGGUGACUUGCUUCUUCCCGGAACUAGCUCGGGCUGUCAACUGUGUGUGGUGAGGGUGAUGUGUUCUAGAAGGAUACAGGUCACUGGAUACAGGUGUGCUUCAUCAGGCAAUUGUUCCUGAGCAGGUAUGGGCCGCGCCCCAUCCUGUCUAUGGCACUAACCUCUCUGGUGAUUCCACUGGCAGGGAAACAUUCAUACAGUCUGUGUGUGUAGGUUUGUUUAACUUUGUCAGAGGAAGCUACACAUUAGAUACACAUUAUCGUAGCCUUUCUCUUCUCCUGUCUGCCACCAGCCUCUCUCUCUCUCUCUCUCUCUCUCUCUCUCUCUCUCUCUCUCUCUCUCUCUCUCUCUCUGUCCCUAGUCUUUGUUUUCUCACUUUGUUCAAUCCAUUCCUGCUCAUAGCUUUUCUUCUCUCUCCAUAUCCCCUUCUCUCUCUCUCUCCCUCCCUCCCUCCCUCCCUCCCUCUUUCUCUGAAGGGGCAGCAGCAGAAGUAGGUUGGAUGCGGGUUGUGUGUGCAGUGCUGUGCCUUGGCCUUGUAGGGGCGCUGCAGCAGGAGCAGGUAGCUCAGCAUGCCAUCAAGCUGCAUCGGGGCAGGAGUGCUGUGGCCAAGCACGCUUGGAGCUGGGUGUCUGAUAACUGCCGGCGCCUGGGCAGCCUCAUCCGACAGAAGAACACGGCCAUUAAGAAGCUAGCUGUGGCUGCAGCCGCUGUGGGGCGAGACCACUCCCUCUCAGACCCAGAGAGACUCUUCCAGGUGGGCGGCAGAGUAAAAUGGAACGUUUAGCUCCAUACCCUGACCCUAACUCUUAGUCAAUCUAACUCUUUUUGGAACGAUAUGGUUAUUACCUUGUUAUUAGAGAGACUCUUCCAGGUGAGCUUUUUAACCCCACCCCACCCUUACCCCUCCCAAGUACCCCCUGUAGAUAGGACAAGUACCCCCUGUAGAUAGGACAAGUACCCCCUGUAGAUAGGACAAGUACCCCCUGUAAAUAGGACAAGUACCCCCUGUAGAUAGGACAAGUACCCCCUGUAGAUAGGACAAGUACCCCCUGUAAAUAGGACAAGUACCCCCUGUAAAUAGGACAAGUACCCCCUGUAAAUAGGACAAGUACCCCCUGUAGAUAGGACAAGUGCCCCCUGUAAAUAGGACAAGUACCCCCUGUAAAUAGGACAAGUACCCCCUGUAAAUAGGACAAGUACCCCCUGUAAAUAGGACAAGUACCCCCUGUAGAUAGGACAAGUACCCCCUGUAAAUAGGACAAGUACCCCCUGUAGAUAGGACAAGUACCCCCUGUAGAUAGGACAAGUACCCCCUGUAAAUAGGACAAUACCCCCUGUAGUUAGGCCAAGUGCCCCCUGUAGAUAGGCCAAGUGCCCCCUGUAGAUAGGCCAAGUGCCCCCUGUAGAUAGGACAAGUGCCCCCUGUAGAUAGGGCAAGUGCCCCACUGUAGAUAGGCCAAGUGACCCCUGUGGAUAGGCCAAGUACCCCCUGUAGUUAGGCCAAGUACCCCCUGUGGAUAGGCCAAGUACCCCCUGUAGAUAGGCCAAGUGCCCCCUGUAGAUAGGCCAAGUACCCCCUGUAGAUAGGCCAAGUACCCCCUAUAGAUAGGACAAGUACCCCAAGUUCCUAGUACCCCAAGAGUUCCUAGUACCCCAAGAGUUCCUAGUACCCCAAGUUCCUAGUACCCCUGGUUGGGAACCACUGCUCAAUAGAAUAUUAGCUCAAAAGUAUUGUGGAGCUCCUGCACCUAAAUAUAAACAGUACCGGCACCCAACAUGUAUACCGACACUUAUUUUAGUCCAAGUCCAGCACUGCCCUUACCCCAACUCUAACCUGAACCUUUCUCUGGAGCAAUAUGUUAAUAAACAUAACCAAACCUUCAUAUGACCAAGCCAGGGCACUGUUUAGUCAAAACUGACAUUCUAAAAUGUCUCACUCUUAGUAUAGAGAUCUGUGUAAAUAAAGGAGAGGAAACUACUUUUGAAUAUUGAGAUGCAGCCCUGGUCUCACCCGUCUUACCUUCUCUGCUAUCCCAUGUCUGCCAAGUACACAGUCUGGAGGUGUUCUAGGUUGUAUCCCAGGGUGAGUCCCAAACGGCACCUUGUUCCCUAUAUAGUACACUACUUUUGACCAGAGCUGUAUGUCCCCUUGUCCAGGUGCACACCACAGGAGUCUGCUGAGGGGAGGACGGCUCAUAAUAAUGGCUGGAACGGAACAAAUGGAAUGGAAUCAAACACCUGGAGACCAUGUGUUUGAUACCAUUCCACUGAUUCCGCUCCAGCCAUUACCACAAGCCUGUCCUCCCCAAUUAAGGUGCCACCAACCUCCUGUGGUGUACACUCUGAAGGGCCCUAGUCUAGUAUCCUCUCUCUUCUCUCUCCCCCGUCCAGGUGCACACUCUGGAGGUGUUCCAGAAGGAGCUGAAUGAGAGCGAACGCUCAGUCUUCCAGGCGGUGGUGGGCCUGCAGAGGGCGCUGCAGGGAGACUACAGGGACGUGGUCAACAUGAAGGAGAGCAGCCAUCAGAGACUGGAGGCCCUCAGAGAAGCAGCCAUUAAGGUGAGGGCAGGCGCAGGAGAGCAGCUAUUAAGGUGAGGGCAGGAGGAGAAGGCAGCCAUUAAGGUGAGGGCAGGAGGAGAAGGCAGACAUUAAGGUCAGAGCAGGAGGAGAAGACGCCAUUAAUGUGAGGGCAGAAGGAGAAGGCAGCCAUUAAGGUGAGGGCAGGAGGAUAGGGCAGACAUUAAGGUCAGAGCAGGAGGACAAGGCAGCCAUUAAUGUUAGGGCAGGAGGAGAAGGCAGCCAUUAUGGUGAGGGCAGGAGGAGAAGGCAGACAUUAAGGUCAGAGCAGGAGGAGAAGACAGCCAUUAAUGUGAGGGCAGGAGGAGAAGGCAGCCAUUAAGGUCAGGGCAGGAGGAGGAGGGAGCCAUUAAGGUCAGGGCAGGAGGAAGAGGGAGCCAUUAAGGUGAGGGGAGGAGAGAGGAGAGGUAUGGAGAAGAGGAGAAGAGAGGGGAGGAGAGGUAGAGAGGAGAGGAGAGGAAGGAGAGGAUAAACUUGGUUUUAACAGGAAGGUAGUGAAUGUGA